UCUGUCCAUCGUCUCUGCUGCCGCCUUCAACCACAAGCCACUAGUGAUGGAUGGGGCGUGUGUAAGCAGCUCACAGUUCUUCGAGGUUACGUAUACUUAGUGAUGCGCACCCAUCGAAAUAAGCGUUAAGUACUGCAACAGACGUUAAAAGAGAAAAAUAUCGUAACAUUUUAAAAAAUGCAUUGAGUGUAGCACACGUUGUUCUUGGUUGUUUUUUUCGCAUACUUUCAGCACGCAGCGGGCUGCUCUUCUCUCUUUGCUUGGGACACCGUUGCUGCUUUGCGGUUUUGGGGUCACUUUGUGGCCCCUCCCUGCACCUAGAACGGCACUCCUGUCUGUCUCAGUCUCUUAAAUGUCUGCUGAUAUUUCAGGGCCAUAACUGCUUGACCCAAUCAUGUUUAUUUUAUAAAGAUGGCGGUGUGGGAAACCCUGUAAACUAAAUGACUGUCAGAAAUAUCGCCUCCAUUUGUAAUAUGGGCAGUAAUGCCUCUGCUCUGGUAAAAGACAUUGGUCCUGAGCAGUUUCCAAUCAAUGAACAUUACUUUGGAUUGGUUAAUUUCGGUAACACUUGUUACUGUAACUCGGUACUGCAGGCCCUGUACUUCUGCAAACCAUUUCGGGAAAAUGUGCUCUCAUAUAAGACUCAACAGAAGAAGAAAGAAAACUUGCUUACUUGUCUUGCUGACCUAUUUCAUAGUAUUACCACACAGAAGAAGAAAGUUGGGGUGAUUCCACCAAAGAAAUUUAUUUCAAGGUUACGAAAAGAAAAUGAUCUCUUUGAUAAUUACAUGCAGCAGGAUGCACAUGAAUUUCUUAACUAUUUGCUAAACACUGUGGCUGACAUUCUUCAGGAAGAGAAAAAACAAGAGAAGCACCAUGGGAAACUAAAGAGUGGUGUCAGUAGUAACAAAGCAGAAGAGAAAAAAACUGAACCCACCUGGGUACAUGACAUAUUUCAGGGAACACUGACAAAUGAGACUCGCUGUCUAAAUUGUGAGACUGUCAGCAGUAAAGAUGAAGAUUUCCUUGAUCUUUCUGUGGACGUUGAACAGAACACUUCAAUUACACAUUGUCUGAGGGAUUUUAGCAACACAGAAACACUAUGCAGUGAAUAUAAGUACUACUGUGAAACCUGCUGUAGUAAACAGGAAGCACAAAAACGGAUGCGAGUGAAAAAGUUGCCAAUGAUCCUAGCUCUACAUCUCAAGAGGUUUAAGUACAUGGAGCAGCUUCAUAGAUACACUAAACUUUCUUAUCGAGUAGUGUUUCCACUGGAGCUACGCCUUUUCAACACAUCAAGUGAUGCUAUCAACUUAGACCGCAUGUAUGACCUGGUAGCUGUUGUUGUCCAUUGUGGCAGUGGUCCAAACCGGGGGCAUUACAUCACUAUUGUGAAAAGCCACGGUUUCUGGCUCUUGUUUGAUGAUGAUAUCGUAGAGAAAAUUGAUCCCCAGGCUCUUGAAGAAUUCUAUGGCCUAACUUCUGAUAUUUCAAAAAACUCUGAAUCUGGAUACAUUUUAUUCUAUCAGUCAAGAGAAUAAGUUUACAAAAUCAGUUUUCUUGCCGUUUUCUAUUUUGUGAAAAAACAACUGCAAAUAAACAGGAAGACACAUUCUUCAUUGAUGUACAGUUCUAAAAUGUUGAACACUUUUAAAACAUACAAAUUGGCAUUGCCUGAAAAUAUAGCCAUAAUUUUAGGAAUUGCAAGAUUAAAACUACGAUGUAUAUGUAUAUUUUUUCAGUGAAUUAUUAAUAAAUGCUGCCAAGGUUUGGGUGAGUUACAUCUAAUCCUAUAAGCAAUGCCCCAAAUGGAAAACUAUGCCUCUUUGAACUUUGCUGCUGUUUUAAAUUUCAUUGGAACUCUUAGAGAAUGAAAAGCAAGUGGAAUGUGGUGUGAACAUAAGCAAAUAAACAAAGAGUUUCCAAAGCAAUAAUGGCUCUGCUAGAAACAGGGUACCAAUUUUAGCUUUCAUGUUUUUAUGGCAACCAUCAUUUACAUUCAAUGCAUUUUCUUUUUCUUUGCUGUUUAUGGAUAUGUAUUCACUUCAUGAGUAUUAAGCAUAAUUUCAUAAUCUGAAAUAAUAACUGUGAAUUUUAGUUUGGGGUAUGUUCAGUUACAACAACACAGCAGAGAAAAGGAUGUAGUGUGUGUAACAUAUUUAGAGUAUCGUUGACUGUUAUUCCUGACUUCUUGUAGCCUGUGCUGGUUAUUCCAGCAUGUGAACCACUGCUUUGUUUAGUUUAUCGUCUUACUUCCCAGUUAAUUCUGACAAACUGUAUGAGGAAAGAUAAGAGAUCACGAAGUUUGUGUUCAUAAGGUGUGUGUAAUUAGACAUACACUAAAUGCAGAGCAAACACUACCCUGACAUUCAACUGACAUUCAACUACUACUACAACUAGUAAAUUUAUACAAAUUUUUUAUGUCGAAAUUAUUUUUAUUUACACUAAUAAAGCCUACUACCUGAAUAUAUUGCAUCAAGAAAAUGUCUUUAUAUAAAAGGAGUAAGAAAGUUAACAUGUUUGUAGGAAAUGAUUCAAAGACAUUUGUUAUAAAUAUCUGCACUGUAUAUGGUACACUUCCAGUGUAUCAUGGUAAACGUUGUCUUUGAACAGGGAAUUCAAAAUGAAGUUUAAAUAGAAUAUGGUCAAUAGGCCAGGGCUGCAGAUACGAAAUUGAUGUAAAUUUUAAUAUGAAGCAAACUAUUCAGAUGAAGUUAUAUGAUUAUGCACAGUUUAGGGUGAUCAGUCUGUUUUCAUUAAUCAAAAUUUUAGUCCAUCUUCAGGUACAUUUUCAUUGAGUUGGAUUCAUAUUGUAUGUUACUACAUUAAAAGUUAUCAAAGAUGUUCAAAAUGUUUAGAAAAAAUACGUUUACACUGUAACCUCAUCUGCCUCUAUCUCUGUAUGAGCCAGAUGGCACUGCGUGAGCACUGAAUUGUUUUGCCCUUCAACUGCAAAAAAAAAAAAAAUGAGGACAAAGCAAUUUUAAAAAAGGGUCAAAAACCUUCUCUAACUAAAGAUGACAGGCUGAUAUCCCUGUGCCCUUCAAACACCAUAAGAAGUCCUAAUCCAUUUACUUCUCUCCGGUGUUUAAGAAAAACAAGAUAACAAAAGUAAUAUCUGUAUUUCAUGAAAACAGUAUAUAGGGAUACCAUUUGGAAGUGAGAAAUUUUAUAAAACAUCAAAUUUAAAAAAUAACGAACCAGAUGCUCCUAUAUUUAAAUGAUCUGUUUGUUCAUGCUUAUCUUUGUGGAGCCUGCACGUUCUUCGGUGGUCUGUGUGGAUUCUACUUACAUCCCCAGAUACCCAUUAAUUAAGGCAAUUGGCAAUUCAGAGUCUGGGUGUGUGUAUACGAGUGGCAGUGGCUUCUUUUCCAGGGCUGGUUUCUCUUGGGAUAGGCUCAACCCAAAAUUAGUUAGGAGAUAUAUAAAAUAUAUUUUUAUACAUAUUUUUUCCCACAAGGAAGGAAAGAAGGAAGGUAGGAAGUUUGCAUGGUGGUAUGUGAUUUUAAAAGAGAAUUCCACUGUGAGACGAAGCCUGCUGAACUGGUGCUGUACUACUCUAUCAUUAGGAAUAUUUUGCCCUGUGUCACUACCGUUUACAAGCCUGUCUCAAUCAAAUGCUAUCUGUAGCACUUAAUCCUUAUUGUAUUUUGUAAAGAAAAAGUUAUUAUCACAGUUUUAAAUAUUAAUGGGAACACUUGCGCAUCCUAUAAUAAUUACUUAUGCCAAACAAUUUCCAAGUUGUAUAUAUUGAACUGCUGAUCUGCAAUACUAAUUUUGGAAAUCAACUUCAAAUUAUGUGUUAAACUCACUAUUAACUUGCAAGGUCAGGACCAGCAUACAGUAUUUACAGGGCACAACUGUUCAUACCAGGAGAAAAUGUUCCCCUCGCUGCUCUUGGGUUCUAACCUGUUGUCAGACUUAGUACAUUCUCCCAGAGUCUGUACGGCAUUUUCUUCAAGUAUUCAGGCCAUUUUAUUUCUAUUUCAGUUUAGGAUGAAUGGCAGCACUAAACUGGUACAGUGUAAGUUGCUGUGGGCGUUUGCGUGAUGGAGCGGUGCAUGGACAAGCCCUGGCAUUUGUGAUCCCAAAUAUUGGAUUAAGCAAGGCAGAAAGUGGAUGACUGAAUUUGCACAUUUUGCUCUAUUCUGUAUUUUUAUUGAAGGAUUAAAUACUUUGUCAUUUCUGAUUAUAAUAUUUUUCUUCCUCAGUAAGUGACUUUGUAGUAAAAAUAGAGAUGAAUGAGUUUCAGUUCUAAUCCAACAGCAUUUGAAAAUGUUUACAGGAUCAAUUUUUAUCAGGGCAUCUCUGCAUCAGUUUGUUUUACUGUGAAACUUUUUCUAAAGAAGGGUGAUUACAACUUGAACAAAAUAAUAUCUAUAUUUGUAUAUGGCUGUUUUUCUAUUUUGUAGUUAUGUAAAUUCUUGUCAGCUCUAUAAAGUGUUUAUUGUACAAGGAAGAGAAUGAACUGACUUAGUUCUGCCUAAUAAUGUUUUAUUGUCUUUAACUGAUGCGGUCAUGCAUUAAAUGUUAAAGAAAAGAUAUUAUGUACAUGUGAACAAUUACACUUGCGUGUUUCAUCAUUAUCCCCAGUUUAAGGGGCAGUUUUUGAGAGUACCCCAAUGUUGAUUUAGUGCAGUAAUAUUUGAGUGUACAGUUUACAGAAUGUCUCAGGUUACGUGCUGCUUUUAUAUUAACCUUUUAAAAUUAGCUUAGCAUGUUUCUAAGACCACAAACCAUUAAAAGUGCAAAGAAAACAAAAAGUGUAUAGUUUAACAUUUUUGACCAGUGGUCUUCCAAGUAAUCUCAUUAUACUGUCUAUAUUUUGUAAAUACUUACAUUAACUUAUUUGACUGACACCUUUGGUGACUUUUGACAUUGGCAUUUGACAUACAAUUGGUUGCAUUUCCUUUGUUUUUUUCCCCAAUUGCAGCACAGGUCCAGUCACAAUCGCACAGGGUCAGCAGCAGGAUAUAAACCCACAACAUCAGGGUUUGAAAUCCAAAACUUUAACCACUAUGUCACACUAUAAAAUGUAUGUGUCUGCAAUAUGGCAGCGUUUUCCAUGAUCCUCAAUUGGUAAGAUUGUUCUGAUUCUACCUUACAUUAUGAGUGCUGAGCAGUGACAUUCAAAUGUUUUAUGACAAGUUUUCUUAACAAUGAUUUUCCUAAAUACUUAAAAAUUAAAGGACCAAAUGAUGAAAUUUGGGACUUUGUGGGCUGAUAGAAUAGAGUGUGUGCUUUGAAGAUGUGAUCUCCACUAAGAAAGCAGGUACCAUUAUUAGUGAAGCAGGGUAGAUAGACUGUAUUUUAAAUGGUUGCUCUGUGUUUCCAGUAAGCAUCCUUGAAUUUUGUGCACAAGACUAGGAAAUGGUUUGAAUGUGCUUGCAGUGUUGUUGCUCAUGUAUGAUAUGGGCCUGGCUGGGGUGCAUUACUUGGUUAUUUUCAACAUGUGCAAAUCUCUUGGUGCACACUUUACUCCUUUAAAAAGUUGUCCAAGUAUUAGAGUCUUUGGUCAUUUAUUCUCACUUAACAUAAGUGCAAGCAUUUGCAUUGAAGCAGUGGUUUUUUCUACAUUUUCUUCUAAAUGCUUUAUUGACCUAUUUAGCCAAACAAGACGUAACAAUUUAUGUAACAUUAGAAAUAAUUCUACUUUUUUCAAAAAUACAUACAGUAUUCACAAGAAUUAGAUCUGUAGCAUCUUUACCAGUUUCUUUGUAAACUGUUGUUAACUUCAUAUAGCAUGUCUGAGACUUCCCUACUCAGUUCUCAUGCAGGACACUUGCAGCAUGGAUCACUAAACCUCCUUUUAUACAAAUUGAGAGUUUCCAUUUUACAAUGCAAGAGAGCAAGUCUGACGGCUGCCAUGAAAUUUUACUUUUUCUCUGCAUUAAGAUGCUGUGCAGCUAAAGCACAGAACAUGUGUAGGUGGAGAUGGUGGGGACUACAAGGUUGGGGGUUGUUUUUCAUCUUGCACAGAGGGAGUGGCGGAAAGCCAGUGCGUUGGAGCAAUUAGUCUGCCAUUUUCUUAAGGUCAUGCAAGUGUGGGCAGCAAAGGCAGACCAAGUAGACAGUAUGUGGAAAGCUUUGUUCCAUUUUAGUCUAAAACAAAAUUGAAGUACUGACUUGUUUAAAAUUAAUUGAAUUGAGUAGCUGCAGUCUGCAUAUGCAGAAAAGCAGGCUGCAACAUACAAUGUAAAUAUAAAAGCAAGUGGAAAACAUGCUUUGUGCUGACUGGGGCCAAUACAACCACUUUGGAGCUGACAUAUGAGGUACAGUAGUGGACAACCAGUCCAAUCAUCAGUCCCAAACUGGUUGAUUUACUGCUGGCCUUGCCUGAUCUUGAGGAUUGCCAGGCACUUCAACUGCCCUCUUUACAAAAAUAAACCCAGGCUGUCUCUUCAGGCAAAAAUAAUAAUCCACACCUUAUGGUUCCUCUCAAGGUCAUUUCCAGCACAGAGAGGCCUUCCCAAUGUGGGAUCCCAUUUAACAUAUCCCUGUCACCUCUUCAAAGUAAAUAAUUAAAAAUUUCACUAUCAUAAUGAUCAUCAGUUGUUACACAAUUUUUUGUGUCACCUGAGACCAUGGGUUGCUUUCAGGAUAGUGCACAGCAUGUCAGAGAUGUAUCAUAAUCCACUGUCUGUUCUGCAUCUCAGCCCUGGAUGGGUGUCUUUCACACUCAGUGUUGGACAUCGCUAGCUAUUUGUUUAUAUUCCCUAUUAAAAGACAGAUUUAUUUCUUGAUAAACGGUGCAAGUGUCCACUCGAGUGUAAGGAUGUGUAAGCACACACACACACACACACCUCGGAAAAUCCACAAUAAACCUUGCUCAGAGAUCAUCUAUUACAGUGUCUGAAUUUCAUACAUGUUUUUUUUUUAACAUUACACCAUUAAAGUGUGUUGGAUUGACUUCGCUGAUCACUCAGAAUUGCAGCUAAGCUGUACUAGUAGGCUAAGGAGAGCCCAAACGUGAACUGCCCAUGACAGUGACAUUAGCACCAUAUGGAGCUGAAGUCUAGCUUGGCAGCAUUGGACACAAAACAGAAACCAAACCAACUUGGGGUGUCAGUCCAUGGUGUGAUGCAGCGUAUCAGAGGACCUUGGAGAUGCAAGGUUUUAAAAAAAAAA